CCUCUGUGCACAGCCAGCUCAGUAAAUCUCAGCGUGACAGGCUCACAGCCCUGCUGCUGAACUUUUAACUUGAAGCUCUAGCAGGGUGCUGAGUAGCUCCAGCUACAUGACACGAGCUGUGAAAGUAAAUCACUUUGCUGGGAACAAGGGGAAGUCCAGCAUAUUGUUUUGCGGACUUUGCCUACAGUUUGCUUGCAGUGUAAGCAUAGAAUAUAUACACCUGGGAAGGCAGUGAGAGCGAGAUGGACUUCCAGCACAGAACUCAGCCGUUCCCCAUCCCAGAGGAUGAAGAGGUUGCGUACAAGGUCGCUCCCGAUGCUCACAACUCCGCAGGAAAUGAAGGCGAGAAACCGGUGUCAAAAUUGCAACGUAGGCACAGUGAAAUAAAACUCUACAAAGAGUUUUGUGACUUUUAUGCAAGAUUCAACAUGGCGAACGCUCUUGCAAACGCCAUCUGCGAGCGCUGCAGGGGGGGCUUUGCUCCUGCCGAGAAAAUUGUCAACAGCAAUGGUGAGCUGUACCACGAGCAGUGCUUCGUCUGCGCGCAGUGCUUUCAGCAGUUCCCUGAGGGGCUCUUCUAUGAGUUUGAAGGGAGGAAGUACUGUGAACAUGAUUUUCAAAUGCUUUUUGCCCCUUGCUGCCAUCAAUGUGGUGAGUUCAUUAUUGGUCGUGUUAUUAAAGCCAUGAACAAUAGCUGGCAUCCAGAGUGCUUCUGCUGUGAUAUCUGCCAAGCAGUAUUGGCUGAUAUUGGAUUUGUCAAGAAUGCUGGCAGACAUCUCUGCCGUCCUUGCCAUAACAAGGAAAAAGCCAGAGGCCUGGGAAAGUACAUUUGCCAGAAGUGUCAUGCUAUUAUUGAUGAACAGCCUCUCAUAUUCAAAAAUGAUCCUUAUCACCCUGAUCAUUUCAACUGUGCAAACUGCGGGAAGGAACUUACUGCUGACGCUCGUGAGCUGAAAGGAGAACUCUACUGCUUACCCUGCCAUGACAAAAUGGGUGUCCCCAUCUGUGGGGCAUGUAGGAGACCAAUUGAAGGCCGUGUGGUGAAUGCUAUGGGCAAACAAUGGCAUGUGGAGCAUUUUGUUUGUGCAAAAUGUGAAAAACCAUUCCUGGGCCAUCGUCAUUAUGAGAGAAAAGGCCUGGCAUAUUGUGAAACCCACUACAAUCAGCUGUUUGGUGAUGUUUGUUUCCAUUGCAACCGUGUGAUUGAAGGAGAUGUUGUGUCUGCUCUGAAUAAGGCAUGGUGUGUGAACUGUUUCGCUUGUUCAACUUGCAACACUAAGUUAACCCUCAAGGAUAAGUUUGUUGAAAUUGAUCUAAAACCUGUCUGCAAACACUGUUAUGAGAAAAUGCCAGAUGAAUUUAAGCGACGACUUGCCAAACGGGAACGUGACGCAAAGGAUAAAGAGAAGCAGAAAAAGAAAAAGCCAAUCUGUUUGUAAACUUCUUUUCCUUCUCAUGGCCACCUCUGCUCCUUUCUUCUGUGGAAUAAAUUUGUUGAGUUUGAUAUGAAGCCUGUCUGCAAAAAAUGUUACGAGAAGUUUCCCCUAGAGUUGAAGAAAAGACUGAAGAAAUUAGCUGAAACUUUGGGAAGGAAGUAAAGACUUCAUCUGCUCUCCUCUUCAUUGUGAAAAUCUUAUAGAUACUACUUGUGGGGUAGGGGGGAGUUGCUGCUUUGAGGCUGCAGUCAGACAACAGAUGCUGAUGCAUGCCUUUUAUCAACCCAACAUAUAUUAAGAUUCUCUCUUCUCUAUACAUGUAUGCUUACCUGUUGACAAACAGACCAUACUUCCAAAAUAAAUACCAGCUCACUUGAAAGGUUUCUGACCAAUAAUGCCAUUGUACCGAUGCAGGUGGCCCAUUCUGCACACUAAUUCUCUGUGGAACUCUUCAGAGAGAGAAAAUUUGCUUCUGCACACAAACUUUGCAAAUGUGCCCAACUUUAGGGAUGUGUAUUGUCAUUUAUGUUAGUGAAAAUAUUAACCUUCAUAUUAAGCAUGCAGACAAAACUCACCCAGCUCAAGUGAUUUGGGCAGGAAACCAGUACACUUUGCCUCAUGGAAAAAUUCACACUUGGAUUUCAGGCCAAGUCACCUCAUUAAGGAGCCUUAUUUGAGAUGGUUUGGAAACGAUCAGAUUUCUAAAUACAUCCACUGUACAGAUGACAUACAUAAAGUGAUAAAAAUGACAAAUUAUGCUUAUAUGAUGAAUGUUUCUACAUCAGGCUUAGCAUGAGAUACUUAUAUAAAAAAUGUAUUCCUAUUGCAAGAAACGAGCAUACUCAGAACUACUUGAAUUUUGCUAUAUUCCACUUAAAAUAACACAUUAACUUCUAUAUAUGCUUUUGCAUUCUAUUUACUUUUUGUGCCUUAUUCUGCUGGACCAUACAUAACAGUAUACCAUUAAAUAUAUAUAGUUUUAUAUUUUAUUUCAUAUUUUUAUGCAAAAACUAUUAUAGAAGGUAUUUUCAAAAGAUAACAUACUUUGCCUUAAUUAUACAGGAUGCAAGAAGUAUUUUAUUUGAAAUGUGAACAUCUGCAUUUAAAAUCUAGCUUCUAGACCUCAUUGAUUUUCAGAACAAUACUGAAAAUGCGUAUUUCAAUUAACUGGCAAUAUUACUUUUACACCUCUGUGUGUAAAUAUGCAAGGAUUGAUCCUGCUAGGAUCUACUUCUUUAGCCAUCCUCAAGGACUGAGCUUACAAAUAAUAAAAAUUCUUUAUAACAUACAUUUAAUUGUUUUAUACUAUUGAGUUUUGUCCAUGCAAAUUUGUUUUUAUUUUUUCCUUUGUUAUAGAAAAUACAGCUACUUAGGUCUUCUUCAUGGUACGAAGUAUGCAAACAUUUUUUUUUUACUUUUGUACAUUAGUGACUUAAACAGAUUUUCUGUAAUUAUGUAACAGGAAGUAAAAUUUUCUUUCCUGUUUAUGAAAAAUUAGUUACUUUAAAACAUCUGCUUUCCUGUGUCAUCAAUAAAGGCCAUGUUAUUAAA